AUGGAUGUUAUUAACAAAUUCUAUUCAACUGUACACACAACAGUGUCACAACUGUCCAAUGCCCUCCCCGGGAAUAUGGUUACCCGUGAAUACGAAGUAUUAGAUCAAGUGUGCACGGCUGGGGUGGGUCUGCUGUGGAAAGUCUAUAACGGGUAUAAGAAAUCCACGAAACAGGAAGUAUCGGUGUUUGUAUUCGAAAAACGGUCGCUGGAUCGAUGGUCUAAGGAGGAUCGAGAGGCUAUAUUGGAAACAUUGCGUCGUGGUGUACAACAGCUAACAAAAAUACGCCAUCCCCAUGUGCUGACGGUGCAACAUCCUUUGGAGGAAAGUCGUGACUCAUUGGCAUUUGCAACAGAACCCGUUUUCGCCUCCCUAGCUAAUGUGGUGGGAGAUCAGGUGAGGGCGGAGAAGAAGCUUUACGAUGUCGAAAUACGCCAUGGUCUCCUUCAACUGUUCGAUGGUUUGCAAUUCCUUCACAAUGAUGCCAAAAUUGUUCAUCGUAAUAUUUGCGCCGAAACGAUUGUCAUCAAUAAGAAUCGUAGCUGGAAAUUGUUUGGUUUUGAUUUUUGUGUUGCCAAUCAACCACAACCGGAUGGUAAACCCUAUUGGCCAUGCAAGGAGUAUUCGACAUCGAUGCAUAUGUUGGCACAACCCAGUUUGGAAUAUACGGCACCUGAAAUUGCUUUGAAUAAUAUCAAUUCGACGGAUAGUGAUUUGUUCUCCUUGGGUAUUCUAAUAUUUACCAUCUAUGCUGGUAAACCAUUGAAAUUAUUCGGUUCAGAUUAUAGUGCAUUCCGAAGGCAUGCCAAUGAUUUAAAUCAACGUAAGUAUCCACCCAUGAAUGCGGUACCCAGUGAAUUGACGGAAAGUUUAAAGGCAUUGCUACAUCCCAGUCCACAUUUAAGACCCAAAUUGCAUGAUUUAAGAGAGGUAACCUAUUUCCAUGAUGUUGGCGUUAAAACCCUCAGCUAUUUAGAUUCCCUCUAUCAAUGGGAUAAUUUACAAAAAUCCAAAUUCUAUAAAGGUCUACCCCAAAUAAUACCUACACUACCGCACCGCGUUAAUCUCCAUUCGAUCUUACCAUAUUUGGUUAAAGAAUUUGUCAAUUCGCCCAUGAUCCCAUUCGUACUACCCAAUGUUUUGCUCAUUGCCGAAAUGAGUAGCCAAAAAGAAUACUGUGACCAUAUCCUACCCCACCUAAAACCAAUAUUUAAACUCACCGAUCCCAUACAAAUUCUCUUGAUAUUUAUGCAAAAAAUGGAUUUACUUUUAAAAUUAACACCAGCCGAAGAGGUGAAAUUGCAUGUGCUACCGUUACUCUAUCGUUCGUUGGAAUGUGAUAUGCCGCAAAUACAAGAAUUGUGUCUAAAUGUAUUGCCAACAUUCUCGACACUCAUCGAUUAUAAUGCAAUGAAAAAUUCUGUUAUACCACGAAUUAAAAAGCUGUGUUUAAUAUCGACCAAUGUAUCGGUUAAAGUGAAUUGCCUUAUAUCGAUUGGCAAACUGUUGGAAAAUUUAGAUAAAUGGUUGGUGUUGGAUGAAAUCUUACCAUUUCUGCAACAAAUACAAAGUCGUGAACCAGCUAUUAUUAUGGCCAUUAUUGGUAUCUAUAAAAUUGCCAUGACCAACACCAAACUGGGCAUCACCAAAGAUGUUAUGGCCCACAAAUGCAUACCAUUUUUAAUCCCCUUGAGUGUUGAAAAUGGUCUAACUAUUGCUCAAUUCAAUACAAUUGUUGCCUUGAUCAAGGAAAUGUUUGCUCGUGUAGAAAAAGAACAAAGAGAAAAAUUGGAACAGCUAUCAACAAUACAAAGAGAUAAUAAACCCAAAGAUGCUGCCGAAAUUUUGGCCACUGAAUUGGAGAAAUCUUCAACGGGCAAAGUGACAUCACCAUCGACAGAUGACGAUAUGUUUUCGGGAUUUUCAAUUAGUCAGCCAGCCAAUAAAACCAACAAUUCUACUUCUUCAACUGUGACCACAAAUCAACAAAACAAUAAACCCCGAGAACAAUUGAAGAUCUCCCAUAAUACAACCAACACCAAACCGGAUAUAUUAUCCUCACUAAUGAAUUCCAAUCUUAGUGGUAUUGGCAACAAUACCUUGGCCAAGCCGCCAACAAAUUCCAUAUUGCCGGCAAAUCCAUAUAGUCCAACAACUGGUAAUAGCAAUAACAGCAACAAUGAUUGGCAACAAAAUUCAUGGCAUAGUGCAAAUCCAUUGGUAAUGAAUCAUCAAUUACCACCACCAUCUAGUUCGAAUAUGACAACAGCUGUUGUUGCCCCAACUACCACACCCAAUAAUAAUUUCUCUUCAUUGGAUGAUUUGGAUCCAUUCGGCGGCAACAAGCAAUCACAACAAAAUAAACAACCCAUGUCUAAUUCUUCGUCGACCACAGCCAAUUCAUUUACGCUACAAAGACCCACUGUGGAUUAUAUCUAUCCACCGGGCUACAAUGCAAUGAAAACAAAUUCCAAUACACCCUUAAUGGGGGGUGUCAAUAAUUCCAUGAAUUCAAUGAAUGCCAUGUCGAUGAAUUCGUCGGCAUCGAUGUCAACGACACCACUGAUGCCACAAUCAACAAUGAAUGCAACAAAUCAACAAUCACAGGAUAGUCGAAAUUUGAAUACCUUAAGUCAGCAGGAUAUUUUAAGUUUUUUGAAUUAA